AUGGAUAAAGAAUAUCAAGAUGCACGUAGUGAUACCACGCCGACAGAAAAAUCUAUCGAUAGUGAUACUGAAAUUUUUAAAGUCAGCGCUAGACUCCCCCCGUUCUGCCCGGAGGAACCUGAACUUUGGUUUGCGCUAGUAGAAGGGCAGUUCACAAUAUCUGGUAUAACAAGAGAUGCUACAAAAUUUUAUUAUGUAGUGGGCCAGCUUGACAACGAAAUUUCCAGAGAGGUAAAGGAUAUUAUUAUUAGUCCACCACCUACUAACAAAUUUUUAAAGCUGAAGACCGAGAUGAUUAAGCGGCUAGCGUCAUCUAAGGAAAAGAAAAUUAAGCAGCUUUUGAUGCACGAGGAACUUGGAGACCGUAAGCCCUCUCAAUUUUUGCGCCAUUUAAAGAGCCUUGCUGGUGCUAAUGUUCCUGAUGACUUCCUACGGACCAUUUGGGUUAGUCGUCUCCCGCACGGAAUCCAGACAGUGCUCGCAGGCCAACCAUCUUCAACCUGCAUCGACGAUUUGGCAGAUUUAGCUGAUCGUGUCCACGAGUUGGCUACUCCGUCACCCGUGGUGGCGUCUGCCAGCCAACCCCAAGCCAGUUCCAGCUCAGCCGUUGAAGCACUAACUAAAGAAGUCGCCGAACUUCGGAGACAGUUCCAGCAACUAGCAUCAGAAAGAAGAAGUAGAUCCAAUACCAGAUCCGCAAGAUCAUCUCAGCGCAGAUCGGCAUCCAGGUCUAAACGAUCGCAGUCAAACUUCAGGAAGUACCCACUUUGCUGGUACCACUGGAAGUUUGGAGUGAAAGCCAGCAAAUGCAUAAAACCAUGCGACUUCAAGGAGGGAAACGCCAGGGGCGGUCAAUAA